AUUUAUAAAAUUUCAGCUGUAGAAAAUCUAACACCUUUUUCAUCUCUCUCCCGCGAAACCAAAUUUAUUGGCUCUCAAAACCAUGUGCCAAAAUUCAAGUCCAAACCCUAACCCUUGCUCGCCGGACUCCGGCGAGCCAUCGCCGGAUGAGAAGAAGCAAGCCUUGGUUCGCGAGCUCGCCCUUAAGCUCUCUCAUGGCGAUGCCGUGGCCCGUGUCCAGGCUGCUCGGGACAUCCGCCGUCAUGCCCGUUCAUCACCCAAGGCGCGCUCCCUCUUCGCCUCAGCUGCUGUUGUCCAGCCUCUUGUCUCUAUGCUCCCCUCCCCUGAUCAUGAAACUCGUGAGGCUUCCCUUCUCGCCCUACUUAACCUCGCCGUUCGCAACGAGAGAAACAAGGACAAAAUAGUGAAGACAGGCGCUGUCCCUCAUCUUGUAGAGCUACUCAGAUCUGAGAAUUGUGGUCUCAGAGAGUUAGCUACAGCAGCGAUUUUAACACUGUCAGCUUCGGAUGCCAACAAAACAAUCAUUGCGGCCUCUGGAGUAGUGCCCCUUCUUGUUCAAAUCCUCAUUUCCGGUGGCAUUCAGGGCAAGGUUGAUGCUGUCACAGCCUUGUACAACCUCUCUAUUUGCAAAGAGAAUACCUUUCUUGAGAUUUCUGUGGAAGCAAUCACUCCUCUUCUUGCUCUUUUGAAAGAUAGCAAGAAAUACUCCAAAUUUGCAGAGAAAGCAACCUCGCUACUUGGAAUUCUUGCAGAAUCUGAAGAAGGGAGGUGCGUAAUUGCUGAAUCUGAUGGUGCUAUUCUGACUUUGGUAGAGACUGUCGAAGAGGGUUCUCCAUUUAGCACUGAAUACGCAGUGGGGAUUCUACUUUCCUUAUGCAAAGGAUGCCGGGAGAAGUACCGGGAACUAAUCCUCAAAGAAGGAGCAAUUCCAGGACUUCUUUUAUUAACUGCCGAUGGUACUACCAAAGCUCGGGUGAGUGCCCAUGAGCUACUCGACUUGCUCAGAGAUGAGUCAAAGCCGAAGAGGGUGCCAUCUGAAGACUUGGAAACUAUAGUUUACGACAUUGCUACAAGGGUCGACGGUCCAGAGAGAGCUGAAGAAACAGCAAAGAAGUUAUUGCAUGAUAUGGUUCGGCGAAACAUGGAACUGAGCAUCAAUAAGCUUCAACACAGGGCUGCAUUGCACACUCCAAAUGUUCCCUUAACUUGAGUAAUCCUUAUCAUAAUGUUCUAAUUAAUCAGUGUAUCAGUUUCUCAAUGUAUUUGGAUAUGACUUUGAUCAUUUCCAGAGAACUGGUUGAUGUUAAAUUUCUGAGUUGAGCUUAGAAUUACAGGUUGCUAAACUUGCUGUUGUAAUUUUCUUGUACAAAUGCUCCUCUUUUUAAGAGGAAGAUAAAUAUUAAUUUCUAUCAGUAUCAAUUUAACA